AAAAGAAAAAAAAGAACGCGGCCCGGUCGCGUUCACAUCAGAAGCCAAAAACCCCAAAAAGAACGCCGCCGGUUGAUGCAAUAACCGUCCUUUUCGCGGGGAAAUCUGAAGCACUGGUUCCUUUUAUUGUGAUGGUUUCACAAUAAUAUUAACACCCCAAUCACAAACUAACACCUCCUUUUCAUUCAAUUUCAAGUACAGGUACCUUUAAACAAUUCGAUCCGAGCAGUUUGGUUGUUGCUUCUAGCAUGUCUAUGUCGGAUUCAGAUUUAUCAUCCAAUGGGGGCGAGUACAAAAACUUCAGGCAAAUCAGCCGUGAGCGGUUGUUGCAUGAAAUGCUUCGAUCAGCCAAAACAGGGGAUUCAAAAUCUACUUGGAAGGUGCUUAUCAUGGAUAAAGUUACUGUCAAAGUAAUGUCUUACUCUUGCAAGAUGGCUGACAUCACAGAGGAAGGAGUGUCAUUGGUGGAAGACCUUUUCAGACGAAGACAGCCAUUGCCCUCCAUGGAUGCUAUAUACUUCAUCCAGCCAACUAAAGAGAAGUAAUUAUGUUUAGAAUUUGUUGCUAUCCAUUUUCCAACUUUCCUUUUGAGAGGAGCUGUACGCAAUUUGUAGUUAUAGGUUCCUUGCUUCUUUUCUUCUCUGUUAAAGCUUGUAGUUAGUGCAUUUGUGAGAAAGGGAACUUACAUGUUCUGCUUUUCUUCAUUCCUUGUUCUUUCAAACCCAAGAGUGCCUUGGCGAUGCUUAAAUUUUUUUGAAAGUGAGCUAUUUUUCAGCAGCCACAAAGAUUGGUUGGUUGAAGGCAGGGUUUAAAGUAUCGGUAUUGGUGGUUAUCGAUAUGAUAUGCUAUACCGAUACUUUAAAUCUUGGUACUUGGAAGUGAAAUGGAUACAGUUGCCUGGGGUUGAUAUUUGGUAUAUUGUUUACUGGGUUGUCCCUUCAUGACCAGAUUGGUGAAAUCAUAGUGAAGUUGCCAUGGUCUAUAACAUGCAGACCAUUGUCUGAACUUCGGGACUGGAUACAUAAAUGCCACUUUGCUUUGGAACGUUCUGUAUUAACCUCUGUUUCUCGGUCUAUUAGCUUAUUAUGGAGUGAUCUUGUCUAGUUUCACUAAUUUGCCAUGAUUUAUUUAUUUAUUUAUAUCUGUAUAAACGGUCUCGUGGAUUCAUUUUUCACUCUGUAUGUCACUGUUGGGUUGAGCUAGAAAAUAAACCGAUCUAUGUACUUCUUAUGUAGGUGAGACGUGUCUUUAACUCAUUAACCUUGUUUCAGAAUCCCUAACCAUUGCAGGAAUGGGGACUAGAGGCCAGCAACAGUGUAUUAUUUUAAACAGAAGAAACAAGUCUGAUGGCCUGAUCAUUCUGGUCGAGUGGGCUUCAUCAACUCAUAAGUCGUGGGCCCCUUCACUCCUUCUAGCUUUCCCUAGAGUGUAGCAUGCUCUGAUAGUCGGGUCCCUUAAUGGCAUGUGCUGGGAUAUUGUGGUAAAGUCUGCAUCCCCCACCUUACCCAUCCAAUCAAACCACUCUUGCUUCAGCUUUCGCUGUCUCCUAGUCUGAGUUAAUUGCAGGAUUCUGCUCAAGUAUGCCGAUAGUAUCAUCAUCACUGUCCCCUGAGGGUCGGGCUCCCCUCACACUCCUUGACCUCCUGAAGGGCAACUCGAACUGAUUUUGUUUCUUCCUACCUUGUGCAGAACUACUAGGACCAUCCUCUUUUGCAACUGCUCUAGAUCUAGAACCACUAGGACCAGCUAAGGUUCUAAAUCUCAGGUUGAAACCUGUGAAAUUUUGGGGAAAGCAGAUACUUUUUCCGGGUUAUGUGAAACCAUGGUUUUGAUCCCCCCAAAAGUUUUUUUUUUUCCAGCCUAUUUUUGACCUUUUAAAUCUAAUCCAUGAAAUAUUUUCACCAAAAAAACAACCAAAAUGGUACUUGUGGUGUUAACCCAAAUUUGCUAGUGUACGCUAAAUGAUGUUAUACAAUAGCCUUGUUAAUUUGUUAUACACAUAAAAUCUAUGUAUAACUUAGUUAUUAGAAAUGUAAAUAAGCUAUUAAAACAAUCAAACAUCCAACUUAGAUAGUGAAUUACGCAUACAACACUCACUACUCAAUACUAGGAGGUGUUUCUAGGUAGCUCCAAUCCACGAGAUGCGUGCCAUUGCAGAUGUCGUAGCCGCUCUUCUGAAUGCAACACAGAUGAAUCCCAUAACAUGUUUGGGCCCAAUUGUUCUGAAAGUCCAUCACUGCCCACCUAUAAGCCCCAUCAUCAAUGUGUUGGAGGUAUUCCAACCUAGGAAAUGGCUCACUGAGACUGUGAGGAUGUGGAGGUGGCAAACAUAGCACAUAUGGUUGCUUUAAAAGAAUUAUACUAUGUUUACUAC